ACGUCACUGUGGGCGGAAGUGAAGGAGAGUUCCAGAAAGAGCGGCUGUGCGCGAGGCACGAAAACACAGGAAUAUAACAAAGGCCUUGUAAUAAUAAUAAUAAUAAUAAUAAUAAAAGUAAAAACAGCGAUUUUACGCAGCUUUAUAACGGAGCAGACGCAUAAGUGACCGUCAUGACGACCAUCGAUUACAGUGUUUGGGAUCAUAUCGAGGUUUCUGAUGAUGAAGAUGAUACUCACCCAAACAUCGACACACCGAGUCUGUUCCGCUGGAGACACCAGGCUCGUGUGGAGCGGAUGGAGGCCUUCAUGAAGAAGGGAGAGGAGCUGGAGAAGAGUCUGGCGGAGAGCCGCAGGAAGCUAGCGGAGGCACAGCGGCGUGUUCAGGAGCUCUCCUCAGCGUCCACACCGGAGGCUAAAGCCGAUCUGACCAAAGCUCAGGAGGAGGAGAAGCAGCUGAAGAAGCAGGAGAGGUCGUGGGAGAAGAAGAUGCAGGAGCAUCGCACCGAGGAGAAGAAGAUGCCCUGGAACGUGGACACGCUCAGCAAGGAGGGCUUUAGUAAGAGCGUGGUCAACGUCAAGCCAGAGAAGGAGGAGACGGAGGAGGAGAAGGAGGAGAAACACAAAACUUUUGUGGAGAAAUAUGAGAAGCAGAUCAAACACUUCGGGAUGCUGCGGCGCUGGGAUGACUCUCAGAAGUAUCUGUCUGACAAUCCUCACCUGGUCUGUGAGGAAACGGCAAAUUAUCUGGUCAUCAUGUGCAUCGAUCUGGAGGUGGAGGAGAAACACGCUCUCAUGGAGCAGGUGGCCCAUCAGACCAUCGUGAUGCAGUUCAUCCUGGAGCUCUCCAAGAGUCUGAAGGUGGAUCCUCGCGGCUGCUUCCGCCAGUUCUUCGCCAAAAUCAAGACCGCAGACCAGCAGUAUCAGGACGCCUUCAACGACGAGCUGGAGUCCUUCAAGGAGCGAGUGCGCGGUCGAGCCAAGAUCCGCAUCGAGAAAGCCUUGAAAGAGUACGAGGAGGAGGAGCGACAGAAGAGACUGGGACCCGGCGGACUGGACCCAGUGGAGGUGUACGAGACACUGCCCCCGGAGAUGCAGAAGUGCUUCGAUGAUAAAGACAUUCAGAUGCUGCAGGACGCCAUCAGCAGGAUGGACCCGACGGAGGCCAAACAUCACAUGAAGCGCUGCAUUGACUCGGGGCUGUGGGUCCCGAACGCUCGAGCAGAUGACGAGGGAGAGAAAGAGGAAGAGCCGCUGUAUGAGGAGGUGAAGAAAGAGGAGCAGUGACCCCUGACCCCGUCCGCACCCGCUCCAGAGCUGUCAUGAUGAUUAAGUGCUAAUCACUGUGUGUUCCCCUCAUCUGAAGCAGGCGUGUGUUUAGGGUUUGAUUGGCUGUUACUCACAGGUGAAUGAAGAACUGCAGUAUUACAGACACAGUCAGAUGAGCUGAUGGAUGCUGCUCUCUUUCUGUUCAUACUCUGCUCUGUCAGUGCUGUCUGUUCAGUCUGAUCCAGAAUAAAGCAGUGGGCUGAUGGGAAA